AUGUCACAAAACUCCUCGGACGGAGCCCCCCAAGGCCAAAUUAAUCUCGCCUCUCUCUCCGUUCCUCAACUCCGCGCCCUCCAAACUCGCCUCACCUCCGAACUCGAACACCUGACCACCUCGCACACGAAGCUGCGCGCCGCCCAAGCCAAGUUCCGCGACUGUGUGCGCUCAAUCAAUGAUGGCGUGAUUGGAAACGAGAAGAAGGGAACUGAUGGUCGCGAUGAGAUCCUCGUGCCUCUUACUAGCUCGCUGUACGUCAAAGGCCGGUUGACAGAUCGCGAGAAGGUGCUUGUAGAUGUUGGAACUGGAUUUUAUGUCGAGAAGACUGCGCCUAAGGCGGUAGCAUUCUAUGACGAAAAGGUCAAGGGCUUGGAGGGAAACUUGCAGGAGUUGGAGAAGAUUGUACAGACCAAGAGCUCGCAACUGCGUAUUGUGGAAGAGACAUUGAGGCAGAAGAUGCUUGCCGAGGGUGCCCCUCAGGCCCCUGCGGGCUAA